AUGCAGAAUCAUCUUCUGUAUGUUUAGUUUAGGUUCCUUUAUACAAAAAUAAAAAUAAUAUGGGAUCAUUAGAAUUGGAAUUCAAUUUUGUUUGAAAACAAAAACCUGUUGCUAAGAAAGACAAAAGUGAAUUAGGAUCAGAAAAAUAAUUAGAUAAGUCUAAUAAUAAUUCUAUUUCUUUAAAAUAAAAUAUAAAAUAAUCAUAAGAUGAUAAUUAUGAAUUUUAAACCGUUAACUUAGAAACACAAUAAGCAGAGUUUUAAUAAAUGGAUAUAAUAAAUAAAUGACAGAGAAUAUAUAAAUACUUUAAAAUACUUAGAGGAUUCAAGGUAGUAGACAGCUGUAGAGAGGGCUUUAAAUGAAAUUGCUGAAAAAAUCCUAAAGAUUAAAUUGAUUAUUUUGCUGAUUGUUUAUUAAAAUUUAAGUGAUAAUGACAAGUAUCUCGUAUAAUGCAAAAAAAUUAAGGCCAUUCAAAAUUUAAAGAGAUGCCUUGAUAAAUGAUCUUAAAAAACUAUCAUAAGAAUAUCAAGAUGAAGAAAAACUAAAUGAUCUAUAUUUUGAUGAAAUUGGAAAAGCCGAAAAAGUAUUUUUUCAAAUUUAUUUAGGAAUAUGAUGCUCUUUUAAAAUCACUUGAGCAUUUUCAGAAAUUACAUUAGGAUAAAACUACAGGUCCUGUCACAUAAGAAUCAUAGGGCAUAGAUGCAAUAUUAGAACAUGAAGUCAUAAAAAUGCUAAAAUUAUUUCUUUUAAAUAUAAGCAAAAAAGAAACUUUGGAAGUGAUCUAAGAAAAAGAAAUAGCAAAAAGAUUAUGUAUGAAUCAAACUCUAUAAUUAACUCUCAAUCCAAAAUAAGAUGAAAAUAAUACAAAAAUUGAUGAAGAGGAGUUAGAUAAUGGAUAUUAUGUAACAUUAAGAUAUUAAUUUAACUCUGUUUAAGUAAAAGUACCUGGUACAAUAAAAACAUUCAGAGAAUUGAAGUAAAUUGUAAAAUCAUGCUUCAUGGCAGAGGACAAUGAAAUAUUUUAUACAGAUUAAAUGGGCAAUUUAUUACAAUUUGAAAUGAAUGUACUAAAUGAAUUAUAUCCCCCCAUUUAUGAAUUACUCAAAAACUAUGAACCUAUUGUAGGUAUUCUAAUUAUUAAAUAAAAAAAACAAAAAGAAGAAAGAAAUAAUGUAUCUAAUUUAGAAGAGAUUUUAUUCACAGAUGCUUAUCCUGAAGGAUUAACAAAAAAUUUUAGAUAAACAAGAAGAUUGGAAAAUAAAAUUAAUUGGUCUUUGUAUCUAGGAUAUUUAAACAAAGUUAAAUAUUUUUUUGAAUCUUGUCUCUUUAUACUAUUAUUGUUUUUAUUUAUACUUACAGAAAUUAAUCAAAUCAAAUUUGUUACUAAUACUCAAAUUUUAGCUUCAUUUUAAAAUUCAUAUCCUAUUCAAAGAUCUUACUCUUAACCUGUAUUUAGUUUAUCAGCCUUAAUUAACCAAACUUUAGCAGAAGAAAAUGAUAUUCAUAAUUUUUACAAUUAUCCUUUAAAAUCUGGAUUAUUAAUUUAAAAGUUAGUUUAAGAAGAAAAUUUAGAGGAUUGUCAUAUUUUGAAUUAAAAUUAAAAAUAAAUUUUCUUAACAAAAAAAUAGAGCUGCCUUAAUUUUAAUGAAUUAUUUGUUGAUGAUUUAGAAGGAGAUUAUACUCAAACUGAAUUUAAUCCAUCUAAAUAUGAUAGCUAUUAUGGAGGAUAUGUUUGGGAACUAAAUCUUACAGAUUAAAAUAGUUUCUAGAAUAGUAUUGAAUAGAUAAAAUCUUAAAACUGGUUAAAAUAUAAUAUUAAAUAAUCUUAAUUUAUUUUAAAUUAUUUUAAUAGUCCCACUUAGAGAUUAAUAUAAGCAACAAUCACUACUUUAUACUUAUUUAAUGAUGUAAAAUAAAUAUACAAUAUUUAGGAAUUACUCAAUUAUAAUACAAUGUAAACCCAAGCAUUUGAUUUGAAUUCUCAAACAGAUCAAGAAGUUCUUGCACAUACUAUCAUGUUUUAUGUAGCUAUUCUUUUAUUGAUUCCUUCAUUUUUUGGUAUUGGAUUUAUAUAUUAAUUUAAGAUUUUUUUGGAUUUUAUUUUAUAGGAACUUAGAAUACUUUAGUCCUUAUAUAUUUAUAAUAUAUGGAACUAUUAAACAGAAGAAAAAAGAUGUAAUCCAAAAAAAGAGAUUUAGCACCACAAGAAGAAAGGGAAUUUCAAUAAAAAAAAUUAAUUGUAAGUGAUUUUUUCAUUCUCAAUUUAAAAGUGCUUUAUGUUGUAAUUAAGAUUCCACUUAUAUUCGAUAUUAUUUGUAAAUGUAUUAACAUAUAUUAGAUAUGCUAAGCAAUGUUAGCAUGUUAAUAAGAAGUACAAUAUCGAAAUCAUAUCAAUAUGAGUUAGGUUUAAUUGAUGUUGGAUCUAAUUCAUAUUAAGAUAUCUCAAAAUUAAUAACUCCACUCUAUACAACUAGAAUUUAUGAUGGAGUUCAAAUGUUGUUCUUAAUGAUAGCUAUUAAUAGAUUUCUAGGUAAUUGGAGUCCUUAUCUAAAGUGUUAUGGAUUAGUUAUUAUUAGGGUAAUUUUUAAUUUGAUUUAUUUAAGUUUAACAAAGAGUCUUGGUUCUUACUUUUAGUGUUAAUAUUUAUAAUUAGCAUUUGUGCAAUGUCUUGGAGCAUAACAUUAUAAGGGAAGUUAAUAAAUCAUGAUAAUUUCUUUUAUUCAUUUCUUGGUUUAUUAAGAUGCACCCUUAAAUAUGGUAUGCAUAAUGAUGUAGCAGAAUAAGGUUUUUAGAAUAAUUAUGUUAAUGAAAUAAGUUAUUCUUUUGAUACAAGAUAUGUAUUAUAUUAUUAUUACAUUAGAUUCAAUAUGUUAUAGUUAUGGUUUUGACAAUGAUUAUGGUACCAAUAUUUAUUUCUUUGAUGACAUAAUAAGUACAUAAUACAAAAGAAGAAGCUAAAUAAAAGAUGAUGGAAUAUAAAAAAUGA